AUGGCUGAUACUGGUGCUUUAACCAAACGUAUAGUCAAAGAAACAUCACGUCUUAUACAAGAGCCCGUACCAGGUAUAACAGCAAUUCCAGACGAUGGAAAUGCAAGAUAUUUCAAAGUCGUGAUCGACGGUCCAAGUGAGAGCCCGUAUGAAGGUGGGAAAUUUAAAGUUGAAUUAUUUUUACCGGACGAAUACCCAAUGGCUCCACCAAAAGUACGUUUUAUGACAAAACUGUAUCAUCCGAACAUUGAUAAAUUAGGUCGCGUUUGUCUUGAUAUUUUGAAAGAAAAAUGGAGCCCAGCAUUACAAAUUCGUACGGUUUUAUUAUCAAUACAAGCAUUAUUAAGUACGCCAAACCCCGAUGACUUUCUGGAUGCAGAUGUUGCAGAAAAAUGGAAAGCAGAUGAAAACGGAGCAAAAAUGAUAGCGCGAGAAUGGACUCACAAAUAUGCAAAUGAAUUAUAG